AUGCUUAUGGCACUUACAAAUACACAAUUUCAAUCGAUAAUCAUAUUCCUUGCUUUAUCGAUUGUUAUUGGAAAUUCACCACCUUCUGGAGGAUUGACUGCCGAGGAGAAUCAAAAGCGGUUGGAUAGUUGUGGAGGAGAUGCACUUCCUACACCAUCUCGGAACACAGACGGUGUGUCGAUUUCUACGAAAACGAAGAUCGCCUGGUUGACUUGUGCCUGGAUAAAUGGUAUGAGCCUAACAACGGCAAGCAUCAUAUCUUCUCGACAUAUCAUCACUUCAUCUUUCUUGGUUAUUGAUGGAAUUAGCUGGAGAUGGAGUAUCAGUGGUGAACAAGUGAAAUUCAGUGAUUGCAUGAACGGGAUGGAUCUGGAAGUACCACAAAGAGAACGCCAAAGUAUAUAUUUGAACCAGCUGCCGACAAUUGGAGUAGCUAAUAUCGUUCGAGCUUUUAUUCUGGGGGUCUGUGAUCCAGAAAAAAAGACACUUGUCGGUCCUAGUCCCCCAUUUAGACUGAUGGUGGCGGAACUUGAUCAAAACUUGGAAGAAAAAGUUCCUUGUCUUGCAGAUGACACCACAGAGAUCUUACAUGGGUCUAUAUUUGAUACGUAUGGAUCCGCGCUUGUCCCUACAUACCAAGGCGCAAAAGAUGUUGACAUAACGCAUAGGAAGCUAAAACUCCAGCUCGGCAAAAAAUCCGACAACCCCGAUUUGAUGCUCACUGAGGCCUACCACGAUAACGCGACUUUUGCAGCAGCUCUGACCAAAAUCGACAAUAACAAAAGGUCCACAAUCAUUGGGAUUGGAACCCAGGGAAUCCCAAGAGGGAAAUAUCAAAAUACAUCCAGUUUUUUCAAUAUUGUGCACUACCAACAUCGCAUUUGUGAUCUUGUUGGAAUAUGCCCAAAGGGAACUGGAAAUUUGACACAAGCGGAAGAUACUGUACGAGCGGAAAACUGUGGAAGGGAUAAGCUUAAUCCUUCAACUCAAAUUGAAUCUUCUCUGGACAGCUUUGAUACAGUGAAUAUGCAGUUUAUUGACAGAAAGAUAUGGAUUGAGAAUCCAGAGAAGCACAAUCAUAAAUUGAACCAAUUCCUUCCCUACAUAAUCGAGAAUAGUGGAACUGGAGGAGCACUGGUUGAGAUCACGAAUGGACGAACACUAUUGUUAGGACUCGGAGGAUCCAACAGCAGAAAAGCAUCUGAUAAAGAAAUGUUCUAUAACAUGAUCAAGUUACAUGAUGCCUUGUGUCCGAUGGUCGGGAUCUGCAAGAAGGUGACUACUGUGAUUGUUCCGAAGACGACUACGACGACUACAACAACGACCACACCAUCACUCAAACCAUCUGCGACAUUUCAAAAUUCGAAAGCCAAUGCAACGACAAUAUCUGAUACUCCUCAACCCAUCACAUUUCCAACCAGCGCCCCGACCACGGCUCCAGAAUAUUCUGACCUACUGGAAAUUCCAAACCGCAGACCAGAAAUUGAUGUUGAUGAGGAGUAUGAGGAGUAUUUGGCACAGAAAAAGGCAUCUGAAGCGGAUUAUGUGGAUGUGGAUGAUGAUAUAGUAAUGCUUAUGGCACUUACAAAUACACAAUUUCAAUCGAUAAUCAUAUUCCUUGCUUUAUCGAUUGUUAUUGGAAAUUCAGCACCUUCUGGAGGAUUGACUGUCGAGGAGAAUCAAAAGCGGUUGAAUAGUUGUGGAGGAGAUGCACUUCCUACGCCAUCUGUGAACCGAACUGGCUUGCCACUUCCUAAGCAACCAACGAGGUUGGCGUGGUUGACUUGUUUGAUGCAUAAUAAUAGUCAGCACCGAAGGCACAAACAAUACAGUAACCCAACAACGGCGAGCAUCAUCUCCUCUCGACAUAUCAUCACCUCAUCUUCCUUGGUUAUUGAUGUGAACUGGAAAUGGCUUAAAAGUAAUGGACAAGUAAAAUUCAGUGAUUGCCCAAAUGGGAUGGAUUUGGAAGUACCCGAAGAAGAACUGAAAAGUUUAUUUUUGAACUAUCUGAUUAAGCCGGCUAGUGAAAAGGAUCAACGGGUAGCAAAGAUCGUUCGAGCUUAUAUUCUUGGAAUCUGUGAUCCAAAAAAAGGAUCUCUUGUUGACCCUAAUCCUCCCUUCAAACCGAUGGUAGCGGAACUUGAGCAAAACUUGGAAGAAAAUGUUCCUUGCCUCGCGGAUGCAGCUCUCACCAAAAUCGACAACAACAAAAGGUCCACAAUCAUUGGGAUUGGAACCCAGGGAAUCCCAAGAGGGAAAUAUCAAAAUACAUCCAGUUUUUUCAAUAUUGUGCACUACCAAUAUCGAAUUUGUGCUCUCGUUGGAAUAUGUCCAAAGGGAACUGGUAAAUUGACACCUGCAGAGGAUUCUACACGAGCUGAAAAUUGUGGAAAAGAUCAUCUAGAUCCGAGAGUGGCUAGUUCCGUAUUGUCUCAACAGUGGUAUGGCUCAUUAAAAUACAAAGGUUCCAAUAAUGUGUUCCCUGCUAUUAUGAUAUCUUCUCGACAUUUAUUGGCCUCCACAGAAGUAUUCAAAGACUACGAGCAGUUCUAUCAAAAAUGGAUUGAUAUGCAGUGUUCGGGAGGAACAUAUUACAAUGUAGUUUCAAAUCAAUUAUUGAGCCGUCUGGAAAUGACAAUUGCACAAUUCAAAACGCCUGCAACCUUCAUUCUCCGAGCUUACGUUUUAAGGUAUUGUGGUGCCACAUCAGUUGAUCAGAAGGGUCAUAUGAGCUACCCAAUGAUUUUGGAAGUAAAUCAAAAAUAUCAGGGCAGUCCUCCGUGUUUGUGGAAUGAUCCUGCGAUCCAACUGGAACCUUCUCUGGUUAACUAUGAUACAGCGAAUAUGAAGUUCUUUUACGAUGACAUAUUGCUUCCGAAUCCAGAGAAGUACACUCAUUAUAUUGACGUAAAUACCAAUCGCAGUGGAAGUGGAGGUGCACUGGUUCAGUUCACGGAUGGACGAAAAAUAUUGUUAGGAAUCGGAGGAUCCAACGAAAGAAAAUCACCUCAAACAAUAUGUUUCUAUAGCAUGGUCCUGUUACAUGAUGCCUUGUGUCCGAUGGUCGGGAUCUGCAAGAAGUUGACUACUGUGAUUGUUCCGAAGACGACUACGACGACUACAACAACGACCACACCAUCACUCAAACCAUCUGCGACAUUUCAAAAUCCGAAAGCCAAUGCAACGACAAUAUCUGAUACUCCUCAACCCAUCACAUUUCCAACCAGCGCCCCGACCACGGCUCCAGAAUAUUCUGACCUAGUGGAAAUUCCAAACCGCAGACCAGAAAUUGAUGUUGAUGAGGAGUAUGAGGAGUAUUUGGCACAGAAAAAGGCAUCUGAAGCGGAUUAUGUGGAUGUGGAUGAUGAUAUAGUAGUUAGUAGGGACUUCUUCACUGAUCGAGGAAAAGAAGGAAAAGUGGAACUAUCGAUUUUGUCUUUGAUUUCUGUUAUCCUUUUGUUUCAAUGA